UUGCUUCACCUACAUAAAAAAAAAGCGGAGAUAUUUUGCUCACGUGGCUAUAUAGUCAUCUGAUUUUGGGCAAAAUUUGUAAACCUAUCCGUUGAAGACAGAUUUUUACACGGUUAAAUGAACAUGAAAUGAAAAUCAAAGCUGUUAAUCAGUCCUAUAUGUAUACGAGAAAUUCUUAGCAGUAGAAAGGAGGCCAGAAUAUGUCAAACACAGCAAAUCGGAAAGGCUUAUCAAUUUUGAUGAGAAUGAGGAUGCGGCCUGCAAAUGAAAUGGUCGCCAAUGUAUCGCCCAGUAGCAACCCAUCAUCUGAAGAAGAACAAGCUGAGAAGCAGCCUGACGGAUUUGAUGCCGCCUCAAAUGAACAUCCGUCAAGGAUACUAGAAAAUGUGCAGAAGCUAAUGCAUGGAGCGAUUCACAUUAAGAAGAUGGAUACCUUAGAUCUAACUCUCACAGAAUUCUCACAGGGUUACCUUAGGCUUGGUCAUGAGAAUCGUAGAAAAGCUCUCUUAGCACUUGCUAUAGAGUAUGGUGUUAACAGGGUUCAUGUUCGUGAUCUUAUCCAGCAUUAUCUUGGACUGCAGAGUGAUGAUCAUAGGCAGACACCUGACUUGGAUGAAGAAGGGCUUGCCUCUGCUUUAUAUAGGACUGAGCGAAAUUUACGAUGUGCUUUAAAGCCAUUAUACACAAUACUUUUUGAAAGGUUGAAUGCCCACCCAGGUGGCUUGAAGUUCUUGGUUGAUCUUCGAGUAGAUAUAAGUGUUACCAUUGAGGAGGAACGUGUUCCAUCAUUGCGAGCCUUGGAUUCAGAGUUGAAGGAGAGGCUGGCAACAUGGCUUAGUCCAGCUGUUUUGGAGCUCUAUCAUAUUACGUGGAAUGAUCCUGCAUCUCUGCUAGAGAAGAUUGUGGCAUAUGAGGCAGUACAUCCCAUUAGCAACCUUUAUGAUUUGAAGCGAAGAUUGGGAACAGGUCAUCGCUGCUUUGGUUAUCUACAUCCUGCAAUACCAGGUGAGCCGCUUAUUUUUAUUGAAGUUGCUUUAAUGAAGAGCCUAGCACAAUCGAUACAGGAAGUACUUUGGGAUGAACCACCUAUCCCAGAAAUUGAUGCAACAACAGCUUUGUUCUACUCAAUCUCUUCUACUCAGCCUGGUCUAGCUGGAAUUAAUCUUGGAAAAUUUCUAAUCAAACGCGUUAUUGAGUUGGUUCGACAGGAAAUGCCACAUAUUAAAGUGUUUGCCACACUUAGUCCUAUCCCUGGGUUCAUGCAGUGGCUUCUAUCAAAGCUUGCUCAAUCAACUUCCGAGAACAGUACAGAUUUGGGGGAAGCAUCAACAAGUACUUUUAAAGAGAACUUACUUCUUCCAGAAGAGGAGAAGGCAAUAGUAGAGGCAUUUGUGAAAUCAGAUGAAAGUAUAAGUGGCAUGGAAGUCUUAUUAAAGCUACUAAGCUCAAAUGGACACGAUUGGACCAAGUCUGAGAUGUUGUUAGCAGCAUUGGAAACUCCUAUGAUGCGAUUGUGUACAAGAUAUUUACUUAAGGAAAAGAAGCGAGGCAAGGCUCUUGAUCCUGUCACAAAUUUUCAUGUGCAGAAUGGUGCUACUCUUGAGAGAUUAAAUUGGAUGGCUGAUAGGUCACAAAAGGGUCUUUCCCAAAGCGCUGGCAUUAUGGUGAACUAUCUCUACAGGGUGGAUGAGAUAGAAGAAAAUGCUCAGAAAUAUUUUGACACGGGAUAUAUUGGAGCUUCAGCUUUCAUCGAAGUUCAUUUAAAAUCCUCUCCAUAAGUGUUAUGAGAAUCGCCACUCAAAAUCUUUAUUCUAACGUCAUUUUUCAGAUGGCAAACGUGUCCAAUCUUCUACAUGGCACUCUCUAGGGAAAUCAGCAGCUUAUGCAACAAAUUGGACGAGUGCAAAGCCAGAUCAACAAACUGGAGUCUGCUCAAGAAGAGCUGAUCUAACUCAUUAAGGCCAUCACUUCUGGUACUACCUUAAUAACUGCUGCUGGCUCCUCUCUCUAGGAUGGAGGCAAGAUCAGAAGCUUAAGAUGUUUUUCUGGGAGCUUAGUUGCAUGGGAGAUCAAUCUGUCAGCUGCUCAUUGAUUUUUUAUAUGUAUUCAAUGGUUCUUUGUACUCGAUAUUAUUCUCAACCAUCGCUGUAGAUCGUAAAUAAGUAUCUUGGUUUAUUAUUUUAUUUUCAAAAUUUUAAAAAUUAGUUAUAUUGCUUGAGAAUUUUACUCAGCUUUUCCAACGUUGUCUAUCUAUGUUUCAUUAAAAUUUGUAAUGAUUAAUAUCAUUUGAUUUUCUUACAA